UAUUUUCACUGCAAGCGCAACGACAAACGUUAAACUCUGCCAAUUUCGAACCGUUUCCCAGUGAUAAGUGAUAAGGUUGUGAUAAUAAAUUUGAAUUUAUAAAUAUUAUAAUUAUUCGACAAUGGCAAGUCCGAAUAAUAGUGAAAAACUAUUCUGUAGCGGUAAAUCAGGUCAACCGUGCGGUUUGGAAUUAAAAGCCAGAAAUGUGACUGACAAAAUCGAUGCAUACCCAAACGAUAUGGCCGAAUUGUCAGAUUUGAAGAAAAAAUUGGCCAUAUUAAAAAAACAAGUUGACAGUCUUGGUUACGGUGGAGGUUCAGCUGAACAGUUAAAACAAAAAUGGAAUGAAAUUUCAUCAAAGAGUGAAUUGCUCAAACGUGCAAAACAAAACAACCGACAAACUGCAGACAGACCGACUCAAUCAGUGUUUAACGGAAAUCAAGGCGAUCACUGUGCUUGUGAUUCUACAAACAAUGAAACUUCUGAAAAUAAAACUGCAGAAACUUCUUUCAUUAUCUAACUUAAUGUGGGUAAAUAUUUCCUGAUCACAUAAAUGACAAUCACAGGGAU